AUGUUCAAAAGGAAAUCGAUAUAUUUUUCUAUAAUAAACCGACCCAAUUUUGCUCUAGACUUAUCUAAAAAUUCCAGAGAAUGCCUCACAAGCGAUUUUACCAAAUGCUUUAACGUUAAUACACGUAUUGUUCCAAGACGAUUAUAUCAAAUUCAACCGAAACAAACAACUAAUGCAACUUCAACUAUCAUAAGUUCUAUCAAGGCAAACGAAGAACGCGUAUCUUCAUUCUCACUUAAAGAAUCCGUUAAAAAUUUUAAUGAACGUUUAAAAAGGGGAGAAGUGGUAAUUUAUAAAUCUCCACAAGAGGCGAACAAAUUCUUUUGGUGGUGGCAUAUUGCUGCUUUUUUGCAAUUUAUAUUUUGGGCAAAUUUGGCUGAUUUAUCAUGGAGAUUUCAACAAAGAAGAAAAACAGAACAAAAAUCCAGCAUAAACAUUUCAUUCGUCGAUAAAUUUAAACCAGCCAUAUUCGUUGGAUCUUAUUUAUCUGUAGGAUUUGGAAUUGGUGCUAUAAUGUUCCUUAUUCCUGCUAGGAGUGUGCUAACUAUUAGCAUAUUAAAAAAUGGAAAGAUGGCCAAGAUCAUAACAGGCAGGAAAUAUCAAUGGGGAAGAGAGAAAAAAAUUCCUGUGAAAAACCUAUAUAUAAGUCAGCCAGCUUGGAAUGGAAAAGGGAGUGCUAUAUUUCUCCGAAGUGAGAAUGAAAGAUUGGCUUAUAUGCUUGAGAGAUCCGGUAAUUUUGAAGAUCCUAAGAUAUUUGACUUACUAUUCUAUAAAAACAAAAGUAACAAAAAAGGUAAGUGA